GGGUCUUUCCGCUUUGACUCUUGCUUUUUCUCCUGAGUAUGGAUUGGGGAACGAGGAUGUGAUAAAAAAAAAACCAAUGCAUUCAUUUCGUUUCCUUUUUUCUUAUUUUCACACACACAUUUUCUCGGAUUCAUUGAAAAAAGGGAUUCGAGAUCAUAAUCUCGGCCUAGGUGCUCUUCUUUCUUUCUUCCUCUUUUUUUUUUUUUUCCUUUCUUUCAGAGACUACUGGAUCUGUUAACUUCUUUAAUCUUUAUUUGCAUCCUCCGAUUUCAAAUUCAUUUUUCAUGCUAGAACAGGUAAAAGAUUCAGCGUCAACGGUUACGACCGUCACGUCCCUUGUACUGAUGGCACCUACAUCGUUCUCCAAUUUCUUACAGCAAAACCAUCCAUAUUUCGUGAGUCCAUGGAAUAAACAACGACAGACCCCUAAUAACCUCGAGGCUUCGGAUAUGGACCCUUCUUGCUGGUUGGGUGGCCCCCUCGAUCAGCUUGCCGUCAUUGAAGAAGAUGAAGAGGAAGAACGUCGCUAUCUUCAAAAGAUGCGGAGUUUGCCGUACCGUCGUCACUCUUUGGCCCACGAAACCUUAAUUCCAUCCGAACAUCAAUGGCGUCGGGAACGAUCGCCUUCCAAUUCCUUUCUCGCACCAUGGCCAUCCACCAACGAUAGCACGGGAUCCAUUUGGUCCCUUGGACCUCACAGUACGAAAAACGCAGCGGGGCCCAGCACCAACAAUACCCAUCUCGCCAACCAUCCUAGUGGAUUGCCUUCCCCUUCCUUUUGGGACCCCUCUAGCUCACGACCUCCUCUUUCCAUUUCUCCGAUGGUAAUGAGCUCCUCAUCCUCCUCUUCCAACACCUCCGCAUCCCUGUUUUCGCGUCCACCAUUAGGCAAUACCAUUCGUCGCCUUUCAUUGUCCCCGAUACCCAGCGAAUCCACCGCCGACUACCUGAAUUCCCGAGACUUGUUGCCCAGCAUCAAGCAUAGUGUUCCGGAAGAGCCUAAUUGGGUUCCUUAUCGCCGCCAUUCAUUGGCCGGACCUUUGCAAUCCGUACCACCUUCAUGCGGAAACCGGUAUUUGGAUCCUACUCCCAGUCUAUUGUCAUCGGAUCUUUUGGAAUCGGUCGAUAAGAGCGGCUAUUUUGAUCGGAUCAUGUCCGCUGCCCAACCUGAAGUGUCGUGGUGUAUGGUGGAAUUCAAAGCCGGUCGGGCCGAGAUUUACUAUACAGUGACGCCCGUCGACAAGGAAGACUGGGUUAUUGUCGAAGCCGACCGAGGUCGCGACCUUGGCAUGGUGGUGGCCAAGGAUUUACCACCUGAUCAGGUGGCUCUAUUACUGCAGACAAGUUCCAUGAUGAUGAUGGAACCUGAACAACGUGACGCCGCUUCGUCCUCCACCCCCAAAAGAAUUUGUCGUUUGGCUACGCCUUCGGAAAUCACCCUUUUAGUCACCAAACGCCAGGACGAACAAAAAGCCCUGCUGAUUUGUCAAGCCAAGAGUCGUCAAAAGAACUUGUUAAUGGACAUUGUCGACGCCGAAUACCAAUGGUCAGUUAGAAAAAAACAACUCCCUCACAGACAAUCGUUGCGGCAUGGAACGUCCAAGUUAAUCCUUUGCUUUUUAUUGUUAUCCAUUUGCUUCUACAGGGAUCGUCGCAAGUUGACCUUUUACUUUGUAGCCGAACGACGAGUGGAUUUCAGAGAACUCGUGAGAGACUUGUUUAAAAUUUACAAGACCCGUAUAUGGAUGUGUUCGGUUAAUGCUAUGGGGAAAAAACCGUCAAUGAUCUAAUCUCGAACCGCAAAAAAAAGAAAGAAAAUCCAAACCCAUAUUCCUCUCCUUCAUCAUAGAUCCUCCCCUUGAUCGAUGCUCACUAUUAUUUCUCCUUGCAUUUUUUUUCCUUUCUAUUUUUUUCCUUUUCUUUCUUUAAACAUUUAUUCAUGCUCAAGAAACGCAAGUACUUAUACACAUAUAAAAGCUAUAUAAUCCACCCUGAUUACACUGUAGUUUAUUGGAAGAAGUAGUAGUACGAAACAAAAUCAAUGAACAAAUUUUAAUAAUCUUUACAAA